GUAGAAGACGAUGAAAUUGGAGGAAAUCGAAUCGAAACAUUUAGGGUUCCUCCUUGAGUAUCUAUCUACUUUGAUUUCAGGUCAAGCUUUCUUUCCAAUUUCGCCAUGGCAGAAGAAGAAGAUGUUGAUCAGAAAAGAUACUUUGAGGAAUCUUGCAAACCAAAAUGUGUGAAGCCACUUCUUGAAUAUCAGGCAUGUGUCAAGAGAAUUCAAGAUGAUGAGUCUGGCCACAAACAUUGCACUGGGCAGUAUUUUGAUUACUGGCAUUGUGUUGACAAAUGUGUCGACCUAAGUUGUUCGCGAGAUUAAAAUGACAAGACAGCAAUUUGGAGACUUGAGUCUUGUUUUCAGAGUUAUAUAAAAUGAUGUGGAUGCUGAACAUUACUACUGCAAACCAGAUUGCAAUGGGCUCCGUCUCGGUUUUGUUUCUCUGUCAUUCUUUGUUUUCGUAUGAAGUUGUGAUGCGUCAUUAAUAAUAAGUAAUGAAAACGAAGAAGCCGAUUCUAUCUUUAUUUUUCUAUAGGUCCAGUUUAUUCAACUGUUUGGUAUGAAAUCAUUGAACAAUUAAUUCAAA